AUAUAAAAUUUACUAAUCAUUCAAAAGAAAUGAACUUUCAAGUUCUGCGCUGACAGUCGAGCGGGAAACCAGUCAAUCGAAACUUUUGAACUUCUUCUUCUCUCUCCGUAUUUUGGGAAGAACGAACUGCGAAAUCUGACUUCCAUUAGCACCAAUCGAAACUCUCUUCAUUUUUCCAGGUAACCAAUCAAACCACAAGUCCCACCGUUCCAUUUUUCCGGCGUUUUUUCUACCCUUUUCACCAAGUCCCAAACCCUAGGCUUCCAAACUUCCAAUUGAAACCCUCUCACCAUGCGGAAGGCUAUUUGAGAUGACUAAUCACAGAGAAGCGCCUCCGAAUAAGUUCCACACCGUCCAGGCAGAGCGCGACCUAGAAGCCAACUGGGAGGUAGAUCUCUCUAAGAGGCUUCAAGACUACCUCUUUAAGAUUUGCUCCGGUGAAAUAACCGCCGCCGAAGACUAUAACGCUAACGCCUCUGUUAAUUUCGCUGAAGCUGCUUUGCUGCUUCAAGGUUCGGUUCAGGUGUACAGCAGGAAGGUCGAGUAUUUAUACAACUUGGUCUUGCAUGCUUUGGAGUUUCUUUCUCAAAAGAGGCAGCAGGAGCAAUUGGAGGGCACAUCAGUUCAGGCUGAGCAAAGCGGUUCCCAUUCAGUUUCUGAUGAAGAAAAUGAUCAAUUUUGGUGCUUGGAUGAUGUCCCUGUGGAAGCAAGGAAUUCCUUAGAUGCUUCAACCAGUAAAGAUGAUUCUUUCUAUCACUUUGUGAAACCACCUGCAAAUCUUAUUGUUCUCGAAGGUGAUUGCUUAGAUGCCAGUGUUGAUGGCGGAGAAUUAGAGUCAUACCUGUUAGCCACCAAUGAUCUCUACAGGGAUUUUAUUCUUUUAGACCCAUGUGAUGCUGUUGCAGUGAAUGAUUUUUUGAAGGGACAUAAAGGUAGAAAUGGACCAAAUAGUAUUUAUAGGGGAAGCUCAAUUUGCAAGAGCUUUCUAUCCCCCACUAGAUGUUUGGGGGGAACUGCAUGCAAGUCAUCUCCUGGAAAGAAUCCGGAUGCAAAUCGCAACCAAACUCCUAUGGCUGAUUGCAUGGGGCCAAACCCUCCUGCCCAUGAUAAUUAUGGAGAUGGUAAUCAUGGAUUUGAUAUGGAUGACGCACAUUCAGAACCUAUGAACUUGGAGGAUUCAGAAGAUGACGAAAAUAAUGAUGAUCCAUGGAAACCUUUAAAUCCCCAUGAGCCUGGGAACCUAAAAGCGAAACCUUUUAGAAAAGUAAAACCUUACAGAAGGAAUGUUGUAAAUUCUACCAAGCAGGAAUCUAUAAGUUCCCUAUUUCCACUUGCAAGGAUACGCGGCGCUAUCAGUCCUGAGCUCACAGAAAUAUGGGAAGCACAGCACAAAAGAUCUGAAAGAAACGCCCAGUCUCCUCCUUUAUAUGAAAAGCUAAGGCAAUCCCUCAGUGAUGGGGCUAACAACACUAAUGAAACGUUUGGUAAUUCUGAGAAUGACAAUGAAGGCAAUGGAUAUGAGGGUGGAAAUCCAGAUUUUGGACAGCCUAAUGAUGAGAUGCCAGAAAGUAUGUAUAUGGAUGAAGAUUUACCUCACCAUGAAAAGUAUGAUGAUAGCUCUGCUUAUUUUGACAACAAUGAAGCUAAUGGACAUGAAGAUCCGAGUUCUCAAGCAAGCCUAGAAGAUCUUUGUUACUCUCACCUAGAUGCUCUCCUUGCUAACAUAGCUGAAACUGAGAAACAGAGUGAAUUGGCUACUCGGGUUUCAUCGUGGAAACAGAAGAUUGAGAACAACUUGGAAGAACAAGAUGCACGCCCUCCAUUUGAUAUUCUUGCCUAUGGUGAAAGAAUUCUUGACAAACUCUCUCUUGAAGCAGACAGUGAUAAUGCUGUGUCCUUCAUUGAUGUUGUGGAUGGCCAAGAAAAGUAUGAUGUGGCUCGAACAUUCUCUGCGCUUCUUCAGCUGGUGAACAAUGGAGACGUUGAUUUGGAGAAAAGUGGAGUAAGUGAUAAGUCCAUCUGUUAUACAGCUGUGAAUCCUUUCCAUAUCAAGCUUCUCAGCCAUGACAAUAAACGGAAGCAGAAUCAAAUUCGAUUCUCAAAAAAGAGGGUUACAUCACCAAUAAGGAUAGGAUGUGGCAAGGAUUCAGGGGACAAGUUUGGCAUACGGAGGUCCCCGCGUGUCAAUUCAUCUUCACAAGGUGAAUCAACAGUGUUGUCAUCACAAACAAACUGCAAGUUUUCUGUGAAGCUUGGGAAGGUUAGUGGUGUAAGGUGCACUCCUGAGGGUAAGAGAAGGCGGAGAUCUCGAUUUGUUGAACCGAUAGACUUGCAUUCUAAGCAGUGACACAUGUUGUAGGCAAGUUAUCUUUCCAACUUUCAUUGCUGGGGCAAUUCAGCUUGUAUGCUGAAAGGCUCAUAGAAUGUAUAAUGUGAAUAGAUUAGUAUUUCUAGACUAAUCAUACAAUGAUUAGCCGUGACCUGUGAUGUUUCUAAUUUAUUAUGAAGGAUGCACACUUCCAGAUGAAGAGACCUUGUAAUAACGUGCACUAAUUUCAAUUGUACAAUGAUCUGGUUAUCUGUCAAUGUAAUGAUAUCGAUUUACUUA